UGUCCAUAAGUGAAGACAACAGGAAGGUUAACAUCUUAACCUUUCUGAAGGACUGCUGUGUUGGACGGCUUCAGCCUUCUGGACCUGAUAAACUCGACUGAGUGCAAAGUUCAGACAAGCAGCCUGAUGGAGUUGUCAUUAAAAUGAUCAUAUAAAGACCUGGAGAGCCUUAAAGAAUCGCCUCCAUUUCACCCGGCUUUAAGUGUAGAGAAAAAUCACAGUUUCUUCAUUAAUUCUUUGACAUUUACACGUCUUCCCGUAGAAUGACCCAAACCUGUGAGCACCUCGCUAUCCAGAGUUCAGUUCUAAUUUGCAUUUCAUAAUUAAUCUUAGUCAGCCUUUAAUUAACAUCUGCUUUAUUCCUGCUUUUUAAUUUGUGCUUUAGCCGUGAAAAGCAGUUCAGAUGUUUUCUAGCAGAGCGAUUGUGUUUAGAUGCCAUUGUGUUUUUUCUCUUAAAGCAUCAAGGACACCCUGAAUUUUCCUUCUAUGCAACUUAGAACUCUUGAAUAUGAAAGAUAGUGGAAACAAGACAGAAAAACAAAAUCACCUCCAGCUCUUCAUAUUGAACUUCAAUACCUCCAGAACAAUAAGGACAUAAACAAAUCCCCGAAUUAAGAGGUUUAUGAGAGGAGCGAUGGUAAACCACGGAUGACAGACUUUAACCUCAUUUAUCUGCAGUUCAAAGACUUCAACUGAUCCCAGUGUUUUCCUCAUGAAUCUCUGAAUGUGAUACAAAAAAAAUCUGGCACCACUAAAUUAAUAGUGUUUAUGAUUCAAAAUGGAAAAUAUUUUCAUAAAUUCCACAUUCACAAACACAUAAUUAAAUACAAUACAUACAAAUACAUUCAUUGAAGUCUUUAAAUGUUCAGAAUGCUGAGAAACAAAGACGGAUGAAUGCAGCUGUUCCUGAUUUGUCAGAAAAUGUGCUUUGAAACUGAAGUAAAAAUGUCUACUAAUGCGACCCAGAGCUGACACAGAUGUAAUCUCAGUGUGGUGGAUGUGUUUUAUUUUGGUUUUAUUUCUGCAGGAUUUUGUUUUUAUGUUGAAAAAUGGUUCAUUUAGUGAUGAGCAAUUUCCAUUUAUUCAAAAACUCUUCAAGUGUUUUGUAAACAUUUCCGUGAUGUUUCGACAGUCAUUCUCUCACUCAGUUGGUCAGUCCUGACUGAAGUAGUGAACUUUUAAACAGACCUUCAUGUUCCCCAGAGGAUGCAUCUGGUGCAGCCGUGACUUCUCCUUCAGCACCACAGUGAGUUUUUGUUGAGAAUGAAAUAUUCUGAAAACCCAUAGAUGGUUUAUGUUUGUUAUCAUUUAGUGCACCUGUUCAUAUUCUCCUCUGGAUUAAUCAUAAACAUUUUAUCUGUUAGUGAAAUUCCAUCUUGUGUCAUCAGCAGGUAAGAAAGUUUUAUUUUUACUUUUUGUUAUUUUGAGCUUAAAGGUACGUGUCCACUAGAUCCGUCAAUUUCCCGCAUCCCAUUCACUGUCUAUGUGAAACACACGUGCUGCAUGCUGGUCAAGUUGCGGUGCGUUUCUAGCUGCGAUCCGGUUCAUCUCCCCAUAGCUCAUUUACAUAAAGUAGACUCAACUUUAGUCAAACGUCUAAACUAGCCAUCGGUGAACUAAAACCAGGACAGAUUCAGCGUCAGAUUAUUUCUCGCCUCAGAUGUUUCAGAAAUACUUUUCACUGAACUGUUUUCGUAAUAAAAGAGAAAGUUUGCAACGGAGCCGCCAUGUUGGUCCGGAUUGAAAUCCAUAAGCAGACAGCUCCCGAGUCGAUGCGUUUGUCCAAUCAGGGGCAGGAUAGUUGGAGAAGAAGGAAGCAGGAGUUAAACACUGGCUACUGGCCUAAAGUACACACUCACCAAAACGGGAGAUUUUCAGAUGUGAUGCGUUUACAUGCAGGAAAAAAACACAUCUAGUGGACACGUAGCAUUACAAGUCUGUUUCCCGCUUUUUCCAGUCUAAUGCUAAGCUAGGCUAAACCCUGUCAGCUAGCUUCUUAAAAUGUGUGACUUUUAUAAAGUCUAUUGGCCGAAAUGGGUAAUAUUAUUCAGAAUUAUGUUUUUUUAUUUCUGUAUAAAUACCAGGAAAUUCAGAAUUGUUAUAUCUACAGCGGAGUCGGAGUUCCAUUCUACGGCCCGAUGUAAGUCGAUUUUCACCGUAAGUCAUGAAUACCAACGACUUUCAUGCAUGUAUGAAUCAUUUUACAAGAAGAUAACAGAAUAAGUUGCACUGUUUUUACAACUUGACCACACUAGGGAGCCAUAAUGAAGGACAAAAAGUUAGUGAAUGUAGCACAAUCCAAGGUGGCGUACAACCGGAGAAUGGAAACAAAGCUGUCUGAUAGCACCGUGUGACGACGUAUUCAUCCGCUGCACUCAUUACUAGUUCCACUACUAAUGAUGAAACACCGUACGUCGUAAACCGAGGUAUCCCUGUACAGAGGGAGCAGGUCUUCUUCCAGACUCUACUUUGUUGCACCACCAUGUUUCUACAGAAGCCCAGAAUGGACAAACCAGGCACCAGCUCUAGAAAAGGCCUUUUGCAAUUUACUGCAGCAAUAAUUGCAGUUUCUUUUACAUACUUGGAAAAGUAGGGUGAGGAGCAUAGAGUUGGUUGCACUCUGCACCUCAACCAAUAAAUACCAAAGUCUGCACGCAGGACAUUUAACAUUUACUCCCUUUUUAUGUAAAAAUACUAAAGCCUCAGAAACACCUUGUUUGUUGAACUCUUGCAAUAACAAGAACGUCCUCCUGUAGAUGACAGAGAAGGUAAGAAACUGCUGUUCUGCCACGUGGAUUACAAAGUGAAGCCAUAUAUUCAGGAGGUUAUCCUGCCACCUGUGUAGCCUAGUUUGGUGAAAUAUUUUGGUACCGGACGUAUGAACUACCACAUUAUGUGUAGCUGUAUAUUACACAGAAUGUCUUGAACUCUAUUAUAUUAUCUAUUAUAUUUUCAAGAUACAGCAAGCAACUGAAUAGGCUCCCAGCUAAUUAUUUUUUCCAGCUUUACAGUCCAGUUUCUUCUUAAUCCAUUGCAAAUCUUCUGAAUUUUAAACGUCCUCAAGGCAAAUUCCCAACCAGAGAAAACAACAGAAGGCAGACUUUUGUAAAUUCAUUGCGGUUCACGGAGGUUCUCCUGGAAAUGAAUGGAGUUCUAGUUGAUUCAUUUAGAAACACAGAGAUAUGAAGAAAAUAAGGUAUAAUUUUUUUUUAUCACGUUUUAACAUAUUUGCAAUAUUUCUACCACUCAGCUAAAAUUGCUUUAAAGGAACCUUGCACGUUUUUUUUCUCAAGUUGUUCUGAGACUGUUGUACAAAAUUCUACUAAUGUUUUUAGUGGGAAGUUGUUGGUUUGAGGUUCUUGUUCUCUUGGAACAUGUUUGGACAAGCUUGACAUCAUCCUCUGAAUAUUCCUAACAAAACGUGACAUCUUAGUUAACUUUUAACCUCAUAGGGACACUGUUAGUAAUGAGAAAUAUCCUUUAUGCAUUGUUUGAGCAUUAGAAUGAAAUGUUUUCUUCAAAACAUUGUUAGAACUUGUAGGGUUAGGGUUCAUUGUGCAAUAUUAGAACAGCAAAACAACUGUGUGAGUGAAGAUAUACAAGAAGAAAACUGUUUUAACUAAACUCUAUAUGUUUAAAUAUGCUUCGCUAGCUGCUAAUGUGCCAAAUCUAUCCUCAGUUCCAGGGUUUGAUCAGCAGUUCAUAUGAUCAGGAUUCAUUUCUGGCCUUCAGGUUUAGCAGCUCGUCUCCUCAGAAUGACGCAGAGCCGAUGAUUAAUUCAAAGAGGUCUUCAGUUUAAUCUCUGCAUGUUUGUUUGCUAAAGACAUCUUUAAAUUCCCCUUUUUUAAAACAUUAAGUCCUGCAGGUCUCAAGGAAACAAGCCAACGUCAAGAUCACUCAAUCAUUUUCUCAGUGUCGCCUUAAGCUUAAACAAAUAUUUGUCCGAGUCCUUCCAGCUCUUUCAGACUGACUCACGGCCUUCACGGCUCUAUUGUGUUUCUUUAAGUCACGCAGUCAGAGUCCUUGUACGAUGCUGCUUAUACACGUUCCUGUCUGAAUGCAGCUGCACAUCUAUUGACUGGCAGCCAAGUGUGCUAGUUAUGCAGCCGUGUUUCACAUAACAGGAGCAUGGAGGCAUUUCAGGGCCCUGACACGAAUCUAAGCAGCCAGCGGUAAGUCAGCGAUAAGCCUUAUUGUCUGGAGCUUCAAGUUUUCUAAAGGAGCCCUAGAAGGCAGAGGAUGGCUUGAUUUCAAGGCCCAUCUAUACUCUCAUAUUAUCUGAUCAUACAGAAAUUCUUUCCCUGCUUUAUUUAAUCAUUAAAUGAAAUCCAUCUUUAGGAAGAUGAGCUUGUGAUUGAGGUUGCCCUGCCUGAUGCUGAUACUUUACCUGCUGCCUGACCCUUCUCUACGCUUCAAAGUAAGCAUCGGUUAUUCUUCUGAGAAACACCCACCAAGAGCCAGAAUGCUGCUUGUCCUUGUAGUUUUUUCUUCUCAGCCUGCAGUGGGAGAGAGAAUUGCCUCUGUGCCGUCUGAACCUCAUGCUACCAAUAUCCCCGUCAAGUGUUUGAGAAAGUUCAUUAGAGGAAGAGAAGUGCAGAUACAUUUCAAAAGAGCACAAUGCAGCAUUCGUGGAAACCCUCCACUGAGACUCCAGCCAGGCAGAGAAAUCAUUUGCUUUUGUCACAUUUACUCUUGCAUCUUUAAGAAUAAAAGCAGCAGAACAACCUUGUACACCUGCUGCCGAAUCAGUAAGAGAGUUGUCUACGGGAUCAGAUGAAAGGCGCCGCCGAGCUCCUUGUCAUGGUCCAUUCAGAAGGGAUGUCGGCUAACAAGGAGCACAAAGAGCUACAUCAACUCAUCAGCAGCAAAAACCUUCAAAUUACUUUCCCAGUGAAGAAAUAACAUUGAUACCAUGGAGAUGAGACUUCUGUGAAUCAAUCAACAGCAUGUUAGCAUACCUGCGAUGUCUCUAACAUGCAGGUAGAACGUUUACCAUGUUUACUAUUUUAUUUGAAGUGCUCGGAACAUCGGAGUCACAUCUCUUCUGUUUGCACAUGAUGAGGUUCUCUUGGCUUCAUCAGGCCGUGAACUGUAAUGCUUACUGGGGCGGUUAAUAGCUACAGUAAACUUAGCUACAAACCGCUGUUAAGGUUGGUGUUCACAGUGUUUUUACACGUGAGGCAAUGUUUCCCACCAUCGCAAGCUUGAUGCAUUGUCACUAGAAGGCCACUAGGUGGUGCAACAGCAGACGUCUACCUUCACUUGAAACCAGUCCUGUAGUGGUGUUGGACCAACAUGGCGGCUCCCUCACAAACUUUAUCUGUCAUUAUGAAAAUAGUUCGGCUAAAAGUAUUUUUGAAAACAGCUCUGCAUUUGCUAAUUCUGCCCUCAUUUUAGUUUAACCACUAGUUUAGAGAUUUCACCAAAGUUUUGCAUGCCGACGGACCUCCUCUCGAUGCUCCUCAUUUGCAUAAAAUAGACAAGACCUCAACUUUAUGCAAAUGAGGUGCAGGCAGAAGCAAGCAACACAAUGCCCGGUACCUCAAAACGUAAUUCUACCACAAUGCAAUGUGGGGUGUUUCACAUAGACAAUGAAGGGAAAGCGUUAAAGUGAUGGAUCCUGCGGAGUCAGUAACUCCAAGCCUGAAGUUAUGGUUCUCUGUAGGAAACUGGUGGAUUGCUCCCUCUGGGUUUGGGACAAGUUGAGCCCCAAGUGAGAACUUCUAGUAUCUUGGGAUCUUGUUGGACAGACGGAUUGGUGUUGGUGUUGUAUCUGAUCGUUGUGGUGAAGAUUUGUGAUUUACUAGUCAGUCUACAUUCCAACUCUCACCUGUGGUCAUGAAAUCUAGGGACCAAAAGAAUGAGGUUGUGAAUUACAGGUCCGAAAUGAGUUUUCUCUGUAGGUUUAAACACUAAUGAGCUCUUCACACGUUUUUCAUGAGGCAGGGGCAUAGAAGAGGGAUGAACGUUUCCAAAAAGUUCAUUUAUCGGUGCAAUGUUUCAGGAUUUCCAGUUUUGCACCACGUUGCGCCACUAAAUAUAUCUUUGCAAGUAAGGCAGUGUGUGGGAUUCUGUCUGUACUCCAUAGGCAGCUUGGGCUCAGUUUUAGAGAAAAGUUGUGGAAUUGGGACAUACAGAAGGAGCUUGGAGUCGAGUUUCUGCUUCUUUGCAACAAAGCAUCCAUACCUUUGGAGGUUUUUCAGGCAACCGGGAGUCGACCUAGAAGUUGCCGCUGGGAACCAUGAAUGUCAGACAGACGUGGCUAAAAAACAUGUCGCCGUAUGUUUUUGUCAGCAAAUCAUUUAGUUUUUGUUCUGAUUUCCAAACCAAGCGGACUUCAUCAGCACUAAAACAGCAACAUCAAGCCAUAACAAGUUACCGAGCUGUUAGUUACAUCUAAAGGACAGAUUGGGUACGUCCUGGUUUUAAACCAUGUUAAGGAGCCAUGCAUGAGGUCUGGAGUUUAGGCUCAUGGUGGCCUCGACACACUGCGAUUUAACAAUCUUAUAAAUUCACAGCUUGUUACACUGUACCACAUGAAUCUAAUAAUCUUUGGGCAUGACCUGAAGUUUGCUCUGUGCAGAUUGAACGAUGAAAACGCAGCUGAAUCUCAGCCUAUGAUGAGUCGAUGUGAACGCACAAGAAUAAAACAUCAUAAUCAUGCGCGUCCAUCCAUGAAAAAUAAACAACCAGAGCAUAAACGGAGCUCCUAAAAUCACAGGGAAACUAGCCAAACAUGAACAGAGCUCCUACAAUCACAGGGAAACUAGUCAAACAUGAACCGAGCUCCUACAAUCACAGGGAAACUAGUCAAACAUGAACAGAGCCCUACAAUCUCAGGGAAUAACAGCUAAUGUUAGGUUUCUAACCUGGGAGCUGCAAUUCUGCCGCUACAUCCUUCCAUGUUUCGUCCUUUUUGCCUGGUUGUGGUACGAGCUGGAGGACGCGUCAAAAAGGCUUCUGCUGCCACAACUCUACUAGGCUGUCUUCUCUGUUUAAUUCCCACAUACUUGUUUUGAUCCACUUUGUCAUCACAAAUCAUCUCUUUGUGUUAAGCUCCAGUGUGGCUCUGAUCAGUACAUCAUCUCAUCCUGCAUUUCUAUUGGUUAGUUAGUUGUCGUAGGUCCAGCAGCAUCACACUGUGAGACGAUCACCCCAAAUUUCUGACAGUCAGAAUUUUAUGGCAGCUUGUCUUUGGUCACCAUGACAACAGCCAUCCUUGAACCUGUCUCACAAUGCGACGUAGGACCACCGAUUUAGAGCCAAGACCAAAGAUGUCACCAUCAUUCUCUCACCGUUGUUAUCUUUCAUCUGGGACGGCUGAAAAGACAGCGUGUAGAGACCUUCAGAUGGUGAAAAGAGGAAUUGAUCAACCAUUUCCAAUUCAUUAUCGAAUUUUUUUCAGAUGUUUGCAAUUUUGGAAACUUUUGGCAAUCUUUUACACAAGUCUGGUUGUAAGACUGAAACCAUCUUGUAGGGGGUCCAUGAUUACUUUUUGCACCUGGACUCGACCCAGCUUUAUCCAGCCAUGCAUGGGCUGCCUUAUGUCGUGUUUUUUCUAAUAAGUUAACAUAUUUAGGGCAGUAAAAAUGUAUGUUUGAACAUACUUUCUCAAUCUGCUUCUUAUAAGUUCCACAUGAGAACAAGAUUUUAUGAGUUUGGGAGUAUUUGGACCAACAUCAGUUACAAUGUGGGCAGAUUAGCUGAAUGUAAUGUUUUCUCUUAACUUUAACUUUCAUUGUUGAUGAUUUAGUCCUGAAUAUUUCAUCCUCAGAUAUGAAGCCAAAUAUUCCUCACCAGAUUUCUACCUACUUUAAGCUCACAAAACUGCCUUAAAGACGCCAGAAUGUCCAAAUAACGAUGCUGUGGUAACUUUUAAAUCUGACAUGAUAACUUUCUUGUCCACACUCGGUCAGAUGUGUUGAUUUAACCAAACUGCAGCCCUCAGGGAGCCUCUCUGCUGCUGAGUGGUGUCAGCUCAGCUUGCUACCACAACCGCUUUGUGUGACAUGUAAAUUGCAGCAUCAGAUGAUCCAUGGCUGACCUAUAGUGAUAAUAUGUCUGGAAUGAAUAUAUGGACGCUCCGUGAUCUCAUCUGGCGGCCUCUCCUCGGGAUAUUGACCGCGCUUUGUUUGGAGAUGCGUCUUCAUUUGUGGCUCUUCAGGACCUUCAUAUUCCCAAAUUCCCAGCGAGCUGCGGCUCCGCUUUGUGUCGGCCGAUGACCUUUUUCCACCGCAGUCCGACUUGAUUAGCACAUCAGGCGGGACAAUGAGUGGCCGCCCUGUACACAGCCAUUACCCACAUCCCUUUAUCAAUGUCCUGUAAUUAAAAUGUCACCGUUUCAUUUUCGAGCCAUCGCUUUCCUCUCGGCGGAAUCUUUCCUCCAAUAAAAAAAAGUGCAAUCGAAAUGCUCUUUUCACUGGAAACAAAAAAAAAAGGAUACAGAGAAAGCGUUUAAGUGAGCCGAGCAGAGGGGAUCAAUAGGCCCUUUAGUCCGAGAGGAGGAUUGAUUGGUCUCUAAAAUGGGAUUUAUAGGGGUCAUGGUUUUAUAGGAUGCUGAUACACCUGUUAAUUAUAAAACAUUUGGCCUCAAUCGCUGCUGUUAUUAAAGCCGUCCUGAUUGAGGUGGGCUUGAUUUAUCUUCUUUGCGCCAAGUGACAAAAUUCAAGUGUUGUGGGAUUAAGAUCAAACUGGAAAAUAUGAUCACGUUUCAAAUUCACAAAAGCAGAUCAAUGACACGCACACACACACACACACACGCGCACACACACACACACACACACAGUCAGCUACAGUUAAAGGUGUGAUUGUUGCAUUUUAAAGCCUCAUAUUCUGCCUUUAGUUUGGAUAAAAGCCCUCAGAUACACGAUGUUUCCCUUCAGCCACGUGUUUGCAGUCAGACAGCAAGCAGGUGAUGUGACUGUCGGUUAGAUUUGAACUUGAUCUCCACCUCCUGAUCAGGCAAUCAAUCAAUAAAUAACUAGAUCAAGUGAGUGCAAAGGAAGUAUAGCCGUCCUAGAUUCUUCCUUAAAGCACCUGAACGCGUCACCGUCUCGUUUUUUUUUUGUUUGUUUUUUUUUUAUUAAAACGCAGCAGAAUUAUUUGCAGAAAAUGUAAAGAAAAGCGACUUUAUCUGUUUGAAACUUUUACUUUCAAAGUUCUGAACACAAGGCAGAGAUAUAAAGCACUGAUUAAACACUAAUCCACAAAAAACAUGGUAAACUGUUAAAUCCGCCUCUCUUUUACACGUCUUAAUGGAUCUGUCCGUUCUUAUUUCCUAUUUAUUAUAAACUUAUUUCUGUUUCUUAAGUCUACUGGAGUUGUCUUUGUUUUGUCCUGUUAAAAUAUUUCUUUUGACUUCAAUCAUCACACAGCGGUGGAAGCAUUCCAUUCAUAACCUUGUGCGUAUUUACGCACAUGGCACAGCAGCGGCACUGAGUGUAAAUAAUGCUCUGUGUUCCUCCACAGAUCCAACAGAUUAGCUGUUCCACACAGAGUCAAGGUUUUAAAGAGUUUCUUUUGUUGGUUUCCAAACGCUGCGACUCUCCAGACCUUGACAGAUCAUCAGCUCAUCCCACGUUUACGCCAUUUGUUGUGGGUGUGAAGACAAAGCAUUUUUAAAAGCUUCCAGGGAUGGAGUCGAUGCCCGGACAGCUUCGAGACGCGGGACGAGACGCCAGCUCCUCCCCGAGUUCAAAGCAGGACGCACAGAGCUUCUCCAGCCCCAGCACCCUCAAACCGAACCAAGUGAGUGAGACCUCCCUGUACGGGGUUCCCAUCGUGUCUCUGGUCAUAGACGGCAGGGAGAGGCUCUGUCUGGCCCAGAUUUCCAACACGCUGCUGAAGAACUACAGCUACAACGAGAUUCACAACCGCCGGGUGGCUCUGGGCAUCACCUGCGUGCAGUGCACCCCCGUCCAGCUGGAGCUCCUGCGGCGGGCCGGGGCCAUGCCCAUCUCCUCCAGGCGCUGCGGCAUGAUCACCAAACGCGAGGCCGAGCGGCUCUGCAAGUCGUUCCUGGGAGCUCACAGCCCCCCGAAGCUGCCGGAAAAUUUCGCCUUUGACGUGUCUCAUGACUGCGCCUGGGGCUCCAGAGGAAGCUUCAUCCCCGCCAGAUACAACAGCUCCAGAGCCAAGUGCAUCAAGUGCAGCUUUUGCAACAUGUAUUUCUCCCCAAAUAAAUUCAUUUUCCACUCUCAUCGCACCCCAGAGUCCAAGUACCUGCAGCCGGACGCGGCCAACUUCAACUCGUGGAGACGCCACUUGAAACUGACGGACAAAAAGCCAUCUGAGGAUAUUAACCACGCGUGGGAGGAUGUAAAGGCCAUGUUCAACGGGGGGAGCAGAAAGAGGACUCUGCCCAUGAGCGGCUCGGGGAUGUCCUCGUCGAUGAAAAGUCAGGCCUCGUCCAGCCUGGCGCCCACCAGCUCCCCAGAGAUCCCCCACAAAACUUUACGCUGCGACGAGGAGCAGAGCAGCAACAACCUGAGCCUGGCGGGCGGAGCGCGGAGCUACCCGGUCAUCCCGGUGCCCAGCAAGAGCUUCGGCAUGCUGCAGAAAAUCCCCCCACCUCUGUUUCCUCACCACCCCUACGGCUUCCCCAGCUACGGCCUGUGUCAGAAAAAAAGCGACGGGGUUCCUGACGCCAACAAAACCAACGUGUCGGGUGUGUUCUGGCCGGGCGCUAAGGACACCCUCUACCCUGCCUUCCCCAUGUUCUGGCCCGCAGCCGGCGGCCUCCCCAUGCCGCCCUACCCGGGCUCUCCACCAAAACCUCCUCCAGAGCUGCCGGGCGUCCGGCAGAGCGAGCUGGACUUAUCGGACCAAAGCGACCGAGGCGCAAACACACCCAAAGACACGAACCACCUCCCGCACCUCCAGCAGGACGCAGAGCGCUGCCCCAGCUCCCAGUCCUCCUCCACCCGCAACGACGAGGACAAGUCUGGAGACGAGACCUCUCAGAGGAAGAUCAGCUACAUCUCGGCCUUCAGACCCGUCGUGAAAGACGCGGAGACCAUCGCCAAACUCUACGGCAACCGGGACAGCUACGGCGUCCGCCCCGGUUACCUGUCCCCGGAUUUUAUCAGCGAGAGCUCCAGCUACAGAUCCAUGUCUCCGGACAGGGACAGCGUGGUGGAGGACGACGACGACCCGGACGUGGAUGUGGAGUCCAACCCGGGACAAGACGAAGACGAGCCGAUCCGGAUCUCACCGGGAGGGGAGCGUCACGACUCCCCCGUGCAGGACCGGGUCUCCUCGGCGGCGGAGGAGAGCCAGGAGCAGCCGGACGCCUCCAGCCCCGGGGCGGCCGCAGCUUCACCGGAGGACUCGGCGCACACCGGGUCAUCAGAUGAGGACAGACAGAUGCGGAACGACUCGCCUCCUCACGAAGUGUACGUUCAUGAAAAGGACGCGCACGUGCUGCUCAACGAGCCUCCGCCGUUUGGAUCCAAACAGUCGAGCAGAUCCAACGGGCUCCAUCAUGUGUCUGAAAUCCAGACGCAGCGCAGCGCCGCGUCCUACCAGGAGCACAAGGACAGACAAGCCGAUGGAGCUUUACGCAUCGACAUCAGCGUGCAUGGAAGAGACCUGGAGAACAUGGCUAAAGAGGAGUUGCAGAAGCAGCUGGUGGAGCAGGUGGAGCUCAGGAAGAAGCUGGAGAGGGAGUUCCAGCAUUUAAAAGGUAGGACAGAAAAUAAUUUUCAGGAUCAAAUGAAGCGUGAGCUGUCCUACAGAGAGGAGAUGGUCCAGCAGCUGCAGAUUGUUCGAGACACUUUGUGCAGCGAGUUGGACCAAGAGAGAAAGGCUCGUUAUGCAAUACAGCAGAAGCUAAAAGAAGCUCACGACGCUCUUCACCAUUUCUCCUGCAAGAUGCUCACACCUCGCCAGUGCACCGGAGCCUGCACCUUCAAACCUCCUCUGCUGCCUCCAUAGUGCCCCGACGGGACCCUGAACGCACCACGACCUCCACCCCUCCACCCAGCACAGCCAAAAAAAAAAAAAAAAAGAAGAAAAAUAAAAAAUAAAGAAAGAGAACCCACACACACAGUUCCACCUGGAGAGCUCUCAUGUGUUCACCUCCCACAGAUACGACUCACAUUUUAGCACUUGACUUGAAGGCGAACACUCGGUUCCUCCUCGAACUCUUGAGCUGAAGAUGUUCUGGAUUGUCGAGGCUCCAGACUGAAGAGUCUCACCGAAUCAAAGCUGUCUGCUACUUUAGCCGAGUUAAAAUAAAAUACGACACUAAAUACAUAUAAAUAUAUAUCAUAUGACGAUGUGCAAUGGCUUGUUUAAUUGUGACACUGAGUUUGACAUUAUUUAGAUUCUGUUGCUUGUUUGAAUACGUUGAGUUUUUACAUACAUUUAUUUAUCUGUAUUUGCUUUAACUUAUUGUUUAGGUUAUUUGUAACACUUGUACAUGUCGUUAAGCACUUUAAAUGGGCAACAUUUCGGAAUAUUUGACCAUGCCGUCCUAUACCAAAAUUCUUUUAUGGCAAACAUCUUUUCUGUUUUCAAUAGAACACAUUUACUCUUCACAAUAAAACUCUUUUCUUUCACCGAGUGCUGUGUGUCAUGCAAACUUGAUGAUGAAGAAAAGCAGCCAUUUCUGUACAGUUUAGACCUUAAAAUGUUCAGUUUCAGGUUUUUUUUUUCUGUCAUCACACGCAAACCGAACCUUUUCCUCUCGUUUUCUUUUGUAAUUUUAGGAGAACAGAACAAAAGGAAGCAAAUCCGAUUUGUUUUUCUCACACAUUUUUCUCCCCUUCCUGUAUGUACCCAUGUCAAUAUUAAUAAAAGGUGAAAGCAG